AGAAAGUAGAAGGAAAAGAUUUUAUACAAAAAAAAUUUAAAAUGGAAAUUUGACUUUUUGACCUGAUAUUAGCACCGGUAGAUAUAGUUAGAAUGAAGUCCUUGGUAGCAAGAUUUGCUGCGAUUAUAUUGGCUAUGAUCUGGACAUUGGUAAUAAUUGCUUUAUAUCAAAGAAGUUUACGCCAUCCCACACAUUAUCGAACAAUGGCUAUGGAUGCACUUGUAAACAAUCCGGAGAGUGCACCAUCUUCCCGAUCUUCAAUUCCUGUCAAAAAAUCAAAAAUUUUGUGCUGGGUUCUGACACAACCAAAGAAUCAUAAGAAUGUGAUGGCAGUCAGAAAUACCUGGGGUAGUAGGUGUGAUAAGACAUUAUAUUUCAGCAGUGAAGCCAAUGAUACCCUUUCUAUAUUAAAGUUGGACGUUCCCGAAGGAAGAAAGCAUCUACCAAAAAAAACAGCAAAAGCUUUUAGGUACUGUCACGAUCAUUAUUUAGAAGAAUUUGAUUGGUUCCUAAAAGCAGAUGACGACACUUUUAUCGUAGUUGAAAAUCUGCGAAAAUUUGUGUCGAAUUUUUCAUCUUCAGAACCGAUUUAUUUUGGUCAUAAUUUCAUGAGGUAUUUCAAACAAGGAUACAUGAGUGGAGGGGCAGGGUACGUUUUAAGUCGAGAAGCUCUAAAAAGGUUCGUGACGAUUGGUUUGGCUGCUGAAGGAAGCCCGUGUAAAGUACAUGAUGUCGGCAAUGAAGAUGUACUGGUUGGAUCAUGUUUAGAGAGGUUGAAAGUCAAAGCUGUCGACACUGUUGAUGAUAAACAACGUGAACGAUUUCUACCACUGGAUCCAGUCCACUACCUGCUCAAGAUGUGGCCGAAUUGGCUUCUUGAUUUCAGUAAAUUCAGGCCUAAAAAGGGAAAAGAGUGUUGUGCUGAAUAUAUCAUCUCUCUACAUUAUGUUUCUCCAUCCAAAAUGUAUCUUUAUGAUUAUUUGAUAUACGGAACCAAACUUGCUUCGGAGUUUACAGUGUAGUGAAAAUAAAAAUAUGUAGUGUUAA